GCGACGCGCGCCCGGCUGCUAACAGCUGCGGUGGUCGCCAGAGUCGAGUCAGAGUACGCAAAGUGCCAUGUUCCUGGCUGUCCAGCACGACUGCGUACCCAUGGACAAGAGCGCAGGCAACGGCCCCAAGGUCGAGGAGAAGCGGGAGAAAAUGAAGCGGACGCUCUUGAAGGAUUGGAAGACCCGUUUGAGCUACUUCUUACAAAAUUCCUCCACCCCUGGGAAACCCAAAACUGGCAAGAAAAGCAAACAGCAAACUUUUAUCAAACCUUCUCCCGAGGAAGCGCUGCUCUGGGCAGAAGCAUUCGAUGAACUGCUGGCCAGUAAAUAUGGGCUUGCAGCAUUCAGGGCAUUUUUAAAAUCUGAGUUCUGUGAAGAAAAUAUUGAAUUCUGGUUGGCUUGUGAAGACUUCAAAAAAACCAAGUCACCCCAAAAACUGUCCUCCAAAGCAAGGAAAAUAUAUACUGACUUCAUAGAGAAGGAAGCUCCCAAAGAGAUAAACAUAGACUUUCAAACAAAAACGCUGAUUGCCCAAAAUAUCCAAGAGGCUACAAGUGGCUGCUUUACCACAGCCCAGAAGAGGGUGUACAGCUUGAUGGAGAAUAAUUCUUACCCUCGCUUCUUGGAGUCAGAGUUCUACCAGGACUUGUGUAAAAAGCCACAGAUCACAACGGAGCCCCAUGCUACAUGAGGCCAGGUGCCCCCAACAGAGGACAUUUCAUUGUCUCCCGAGACAAAAGGCUAUGACCUGCCAAGAGACUGACCUUGAAUUCAGCCUGGGUGUUAGGAAACAUCACUCAGAACUAUUGAUUCAACGUUGGGUAGUGAAUCAGGAAGCCAGCGACCUAGGACAGGCUCUGUGUGGCAACAGCUUCCCUCGCUGUGUGAAGAACAGAGGGAGGGAACCGUGCUCUGAGUGUGCUGUUCCUCGCUGGGAAAGCAGGGGUCUGAAAUGAAAGACACGAAGGAAUGUUGUUGGUCGGAACAUUUAAAAUCAAUAGGUCUGGGAUUAUGUGGCCUUAGCUAGCUGGCUGUACAUCUUUCCCUAAAUCAGUCCAUUGUUACCACGUAGUGGUUUUACUUCUAGUUUUAAUAUUUCAGUACUAAGUGACAUUAAAAUGUUUACUGUGUGCAAGGGUGUUGAGGUUCUUAGGACUACAGGUGGUUAGUACUAUUGUGUCAUGUAUCACUGAAACUGAAGAGUAUGCGUGCAUUGUUGAAUGGGGUGUAAGAUGACAUGAGUGCUGUUCUCUAGAAAUCUGGUGUCUGUUAUGAGUGCCAAAAACUGUCUUGCAGGCAGCUAAACUUUGAAGUGGUUUUUGAAUACUUUUAAUAAAUUUAUUUUGAUAAAUAAUGUCAUUGAACAUUUGGAAGUCCAGAUGUGACUCUGUUGUUUGAUUUCAGUAAUUGGAAAUAUGACCGAUAUAAAAGAAAACAGCUUUCUAGUAAAGAGAUGACCAUGGGUUGAUUAUUGUACCAGUCCACUGAGAGCUGACAGCCCUUAGAAUGAGAAAUGGUUGCUUCAAGGAAGAUGAAACUAUAGACAUUAUGUAGUCUUAAGAAAAUCAGAUCACAUCCCUAGGCCUGCUCAUUGUGAAAGUUAAACUUGUUAUUUAAUAAAAUAAAAAGAAAUAAAGAA